UCCUACGUUAGCGCUCCUCGCGGCCCAGCCUGUCCUCGCCUGGUCCCGGCGGGUCCCGCUUUCGGCUCUCCGCCUCUCGGGAGAGGUCCGAGAGAGAGGAAGGGAGAGAAAGAAACAUUGAUUGGUUGCCUCUCAUGCACUGGAGCAGACAUCAUACCUGCAUGGGCCGGGAUCAAACCCACAACUGAGGUUAAAGCUGCCAGGGGCUCAACUGUGCUCACAUGGAUGGGACAAAGACCCGACAGCGAAGGCCAGGGGAGCUAGGGCUGCCAUAUACCCUCAGCCCAGGAAGACUCCCAGCAGCCUCAGAAGAUGGAUCUCUGAGUGUCCCUGAGAGCCAAAGGGUGGCCACUAAAUCACUGAGUCCUGAGCUCAGCAGGGAGACUGCCUUGUCCAUUGGCUUUCAGGUGACAGUGCCCUUCAUGUUUGCAGGCCUGGGACUGUCUGGGGCUGGCAUACUUUUGAACUACUUCCAGCACUGGCCAGUAUUUGUGGAGGUUAAAGACCUGUUGACAUUGGUGCCACCCUUAGUGGGCCUGAAGGGGAACCUGGAGAUGACACUGGCAUCACGACUCUCCACAGCUGCCAACACUGGACAAAUUGAUGACCCCCAGGAGCAACACAGAGUCAUCAGUAGUAACCUCGCCCUCAUUCAGGUGCAGGCCACCAUCGUAGGGCUCCUGGCUGCUAUGGCUGCCCUGCUGCUGGGAGCUGUGUCUAGUGGGGAGUUGGACUUUGCAACAGUCAAGUUGCUGUGUGCCAGCAGUGUCAGCACCUCAUUCCUUGCAGCCUUUGCACUUGGAGUGCUGAUGGUCUGUAUAGUGAUUGGUGCUCAAAAGCUCGGUGUCAACCCAGACAACAUCGCCACACCCAUUGCAGCCAGCCUGGGAGACCUUAUCACAUUGUCCAUUCUGGCUUUCAUUAGCAACUUCUUCUAUAAAAACAAAGAUAAUCGGUUUCUGACUCCAUUGGUUUGCAUUGGCUUCAUGGCCCUGACCCCGGUGUGGGUCCUCAUUGCAAAGCAGAACCCACCCAUCAUGAAGAUCCUAAAGUUCGGGUGGUUCCCAAUCAUCCUAGCAAUGGUGUUCAGCAGUUUCGGAGGGCUCAUCUUGAACAAAACCAUUUCUAAAGAGCAGUACAAAGGAAUGGCCAUAUUUACUCCCAUGAUAUGUGGUGUUGGUGGCAAUCUAGUGGCCAUUCAGACUAGCCGGAUCUCCACCUACCUGCACAUGUGGAGCACGCCAGGGGUCCUACCCCUCUGGAUGAAAAAAUUCUGGCCUAACCCAUGCUCUACUUUCUGCACUUCAGAAAUCAACUCCGUAUCAGCUCGAGUUCUGAUCUUUCUGGUGAUUCCGGGCCAUCUGAUUUUCUUCUAUGUUACCUACCUGGUAGAAGGCCAUUCGGUCCCAAACAGCAAGAUCUUUGUGGCAUUCUAUCUGCUAGCAGGCCUGAUCCAGGUGACAAUCCUGCUGUACCUGGCAGAAGUGAUGGCUCGGCUGACAUGGCACCAGGCCCUGGAUCCUGACAACCACUGUAUCCCCUACCUCACAGGGCUAGGGGACCUCCUAGGGACUGGCCUCCUAGCACUCUGUUUUCUUAUCAGCUCGUUAUUGCAGAGUGAAGCAGAGCUGGAUAGCAUUUCAAAAUCAGCAUCUGGAUCUUCCUAAUGAGACCAGGCAGCUCCAGUUAAUCAAUAAAA